UGUACGGCGAGCCGCCUGCCGGUCCUUUAACAAUGGGCGGCGCGAGCGCCCGGGUGCUGGGCCCUAGCUGAGGCGGGGGCUUUGCGGCCGACGGUCCGCGGCAUGAACGCUGCAGGCGCCCCGUGCACGCCGGCCGGGCUGGGGCUGUAAGGGCCGCGGUUCCGGACUGAAGUUGCUGCGUCUGGCCGGGCGCGCCUCCGGCUUCCAUGGAGUUGGAGGGGCAGUGGUGGCGAGGACAGCUGGCUGCGGAUAUUCACCAGGCACUUCGGUACAAGGAGCUGAAGCUGCCUUCCUACAAGGGCCAGUCUCCUCAGCUGAAUCUCAGGCGGUAUUUUGCCGAUUUGAUUGCCAUUGUGAGCAAUCGCUUCACGCUCUGCCCUUCUGCCCGACAUCUCGCUGUCUACCUGCUGGACCUGUUCAUGGACCGCUAUGACAUCUCCGUUCAGCAGCUGCAUUUAGUUGCGCUUUCCUGUCUGCUUCUAGCAAGUAAAUUUGAAGAAAAAGAAGACAGUGUGCCUAAGCUGGAGCAGCUCAACAGCCUGGGCUGUAUGACUAACAUGAAUCUCGUGCUCACAAAGCAGAGCCUGCUGCACAUGGAGCUGUUACUGUUAGAGACCUUUCAGUGGAACCUCUGCCUGCCCACGGCCGCCCACUUCAUUGAGUAUUACCUCUCUGAAGCAGUCCAUGAGACAGACCUUCAUGACGGCUGGCCAAUGGUUUGCUUAGAAAAGACUAAACUCUACAUGGCCAAAUAUGCAGAUUACUUCCUGGAAGUAUCUUUGCAAGAUUAUGCCUUUCUAAAUUAUGCACCUUCUUUAGUAGCUGCUGCAUGUGUGGCUUCUUCGAGGAUUAUCCUUCGUCUGUCUCCAACAUGGCCCACGAGACUGCACCGUCUCACUGCUUACUCCUGGGACUUCCUAGUGCAGUGUAUUGAACGGCUGUUGCUUGCUCAUGACAAUGAUGUUAAAGAAGCAAACAAGCAGAGGGGACAGUCGGCUCCUCAGUCAGCACAGCUGACUGUGUUCCAGACAGCACAGCCCUCGCGGCCGGGUCACUUCCAGCAGCCUCAGUAUCUCCAUCCGACCUCUGUGCAGUAUCGACACCCUGUGUCAGAACAGCCAAGCCGUCAGCAGAUUGUGUCUACCACACACACCUCGUCCUACACACUACAGACUUGUCCUGCGGGCUUCCAGACUAGUGUCCAGGGCCUUGGCCACGUGCAGACUGGUGUUGGGAUGUCCCUGGCAAUACCAGUAGAAGUUAAACCCUGCCUCAGUGUUUCUUAUAAUCGGAGUUACCAGAUAAAUGAACACUUCCCGUGUAUUACUCCAUGCUUUGAGAGGUGAUGACAUAUGUCAGCAGGUCAUAUGUGAUCCAGACUGUCUGAGAUGGAUAGCUCCGGAGCAAGCUUUUUGUGCUCCUCUUCAGAAGGAAAGGAUACAAAUAGCACCACAAAGCAACAGGCGCCAGCACCAGAAGACUGCGUAGCCCUUUCAGUACCAUGAGUCCCCAGGAGGACUCAGCAGGUACUGAAAUGUGUCAAAUCCUAUGUGACAGAAAUGUCCCAGUUCUUGACUGAUGGUCCAAAUAUUUCAAAAUGCUCAAUACAGCAGAAAAUUUGCCAUUCUGAUUUGACCUCUGACGGGCUUUGGCCUUAUGCUGGCAUAUAUGUCAAAGACUUAGUGUUUAUCUGUGGACUUGCCAAACCAUCUUUUAUGAAGGAAGUUACAGUAUUAAUUUUUGAAGAAUUGUUUUAAUCUUGCAGCUCAGAGGUUUUUUUGACCUACUGGUAGGUUUCUAAAUUCAAACUCACCAGUUGCUAAGUAUACUAAUCUGUGCAGUUAAAAAAAAAUCCAGAUGAUUUUAUAUAACUUCAUAUCAUAAAUAUAGGUGCUGGAUUUAUAUACUACAGUUAGGGGCGAAGCAGAUACAUACCUUGAAAUCAUGGUCAUAAUUUUUGUUUUGGUCUGCCACCUUUUCCCCCUAAGUGAUCAGCCCCGAUUCUUCAGGGUUAAGCACAUUUAACUCAGGGAACCUGUAGUACUUGGAAACACUUAGCUGUAACCAACAUGCCUUGGGAGUGUGAGGACAUGAACUACCUGUGUAACAUAGGCUGCGGUGCUCCUGCUGGGAUGAAAAUAGAUCAGCACAGGACAAAUGAAGUAGGUCCUGAGUUCAUGCAUGGAGAGGCUGUGCAUCACCCGUGCAGUCAGUGGCCCAUACUCAGAUUGGCUGGUGCUCUUUAAGACAGUUUUCAGGAGAAGGCAUACUAUAAAGGGUCAGUGCUAGAGUAGAGUCAGAUAGGAUUGUUCUGGAGUUGAGGGUGGCUAGGGCAGUGCUCAGGUUGGGCUAACGCAGCACUUUGUUAUGGGAGGGUGGUUCAGUGAACACCCUUGGAAUCCAGCAAGUCAAGGAAGCAGGGCUACUGACUUCGGUAGCCACUCUCUGUGGUUGGCUGUGUAACUGCCGGGGGACAGGUCAUUGUAUUGGUAGUAAGUGAAAACCGCAAUAAUAGUCACAGCAAGGGCAACCUAGCUGUAAAAUACUGUCGAAGGUGUGGAGGACAAACUUCAAAAGUAAAAAAAUAACUGAUAAACUGUGAGCGUAGUGCUCUUAUCCACGGAGGAAGAAAGCUGGUGGAGGGAAGCUUUCUGGUUUAAAAUGAGUAAGAUGUGUUUGUUUUUAUAAGAUAGCACUUGAACAGAAGGGAAACUGUGGCAGCUAUGAGACACAGUGUCUGUUGGCGCGAGCUCACUGUAAAGAGGUGGGUGUGCAGCAGGAGUUGGUGGCCUUUGCUGGAAAGGGAAGGGCUCCUCAGCGUGAUGGACUGACACGGGCAGCUCCCUCCGGUGGAGAAGCCAGUGGGUAGCUUCUGCCAGCAGGAAUUCUUAGAGGAAUGUUCUUUCCUUAAGAGAAAGCUAAUUUGUAUCUUUAGCAUACAUAAGGCAUGGUGUGGACUUACUGGUCUGGUGAUGAAAACCACUCAGGUAAGAACACUCAUGACGGUUUUCAAGCUUGGAAGCUGUUGUAGGAACAUAUCGAUUUUCCUCUUUCAAAAGGCUGCUAAUUGGUUUUAUAAUUCUUAAAGAAAACUUGAAUUAUUAGGAGGAAGUAGGUUCAAAAGAUAAUGUAUCUUUCACGUUCACAGAUAGAGCCCAGCAACAUGGAGUCAGUGUUCAGUAUUGUAACUACCUCAGUAAUGCUAUGAAUGUAAGAGAUUGGGAUAGUAUCCUAACUUGAAACAACAGCCAGUGCCUGUGGUAAUGUAAUGUCUUGUCAGUGCUUUUAUUGAUUGGUUAUGUGUCAUUCUUGUUGUCAAAGAAUAUUUGCCUUUUUAAAAAAGCUUCUUUAACACAUCCCAGUUUAUGUUUAAAAAGCUAAAGAACACUGGAUUAAUCCUUUCUGGGGGGUAGAGUGAAAUAAUUGAUGACUAUUGCUGCAUACCCGGAUGGGGAGGCUGGAGAAUCAUGACUAUUUUUAAAAACAGCAGGAUUCAAUAUAAAUUCAACUCAACAACCGUUAGCUGGGGGUGGGGGUGGGUGCUGUGUGGGUUUCGUUUUGUUUAAUUUAUUAAUUAGUCUUAAAAGGUUUUUUUUUUUCUGUUUUGUUUUGAGAUUACUGGACCAUCAUUAAAUGUGUACUGUGAAAAGAUUAAUGAUGUGUGUAAAGGACUUAACCCAAGUCCGUUAAAUAAACACUGUUCAACUACAAAAUGCGAACCAAAAUACCUGUACUAUGACUAACUACAAAGAGUGGGUAUGGUGCUAAGUCUACACAGCAGGGCUAGGUGAGUGCUGUGCACUUGAUUUUAAAAUAAAAGUCAUUUUCACUAAAA